UGUUACAUUGGUUCUUAACGAACUUCAGUCCGACGUCACUUCAGCAAAUCUGACCGUACCCGCGGGAUCGAACAGUCCGGGUGUCUUUUAUUCCGUUGGUUUGGUCAGGCCAUGUGGGUCCCGCUACCCUCCGGCCACUAAUCCCGUCAGGCGCCGCUAUUUUCCGUGCGGCCAAACACUCCCUUCCGCCGUCACCUCAAAUCCUCUGUCAACGGUCCUAAAUAAUCCCAAGUCGACAGUUGCUUUCUCUUUCUGUUCGGCAUGUCCGCGGUACCUCCCCACCCUGCUCUCAGGCACCUGGGAACCAGGGCCUCACGUGACCCGUCACGUGACCCUCCAACUUCACCCAAACUGAAAAUUUCAAUCUUGAGCUUCAGGCUCAGAGGGCCAACUCGCUACCCGCCUUCUUCAAAUACUCUGGUCUUUUCCCGUAAAUUUGAUGAAAUUCGGCGUCCAAUUAGGGCCGUAAAUGCUCUGAGCCAAGAAGGGUCGUUGCAAGAGCUCGAUGAUACGCCGGUCUCGGUGGCGCUCGUGCCGAUUUCCGGCGAGACCCAGUUCGACCGGGUCAUGGCCCAAGCGCAGCAGCUGGAGGAAUCGGUCGUUGUCGUUUGGAUGGCAAGCUGGUGCAGAAAAUGUAUAUAUUUGAAACCAAAAUUGGAGAAGCUGGCGGCUGAGUAUUAUCCAAGAUUGCGGUUCUAUUCUGUUGAUGUCAAUUCAGUUCCUCACAAGCUUGUUGCUCGUGCUGGGGUCACUAAGAUGCCAACUAUACAGCUGUGGAAAGACGGCAAGAAACAAGCUGAGGUGAUUGGUGGUCACAAAGCAUAUUUAGUCGUUAAUGAAGUUCGUGACAUGAUUGAAAAUGAGGAUGACACGUGAGGUUUGGUAACAUGGACAAUCAUAUUAUUCACAGAUUCAUUAACAUGAAAAAUCAAAGUUGUAAAUUUUUUUUUUUCAUAAAUAUAUAAAUAUACCAGAUUUAGGGUAGAGAAUAAAUUGAAAACUGGUUCUUUUGUUUUCAGUAAGAGGUAUCCCUGGCUUAGCCAAAUACAAAUCCCCUAUUAGCUGCA